AUGACGCUUCAGAGUUAUGAACUCAAAAGUUGCACUUUUCACGUCGCUGCCGACUCAGACACUCCAGCGGCGGAUAGUGGAGAUGUCCCCCACCGCUAUUUCGACUGCACCUCGCUCAACGACUGCGCGGAGUUGAUCAGGACCUGGUCUGCAGGCACUAUGAACCAUGACCGUUGCUCUCGAGAUUUGUCGGGUCACAAGAAGAUUGACUCAUCCAGUAGCCCUCUACCCAAGCGUUCAAGCUACCAGGAACGACUCUCGGGCACUGGUUUUGGGGGACUAUCAAAGCUUUUCCAAGAUCUAUUUGAGCUUGCGGCCCUUCUCGGCAUCAAAUAUGCGUGGAUCGACAGCCUCUGCAUUAUCCAGGACGUGGCUGACGAUUGGAAGGAAGAGUCGUUGAAGAUGAGUGACUACUACCAGAACGCCGAAUUCACUGUGAGCGCAAUCAACAUUCCCCAGAUCGACGGCCUAAAAAUAUCGCAACAACACCUGCUACUGGAAUCGCUGCCAAUGGCCAGGCUCCCGUAUCACAACAGGCAGGGAGGGCAGAACGCAUCGAUGGGCUUGGAGUUCUACAACACUGAGGGAGUCUAUUCUGCCUGGGAAGAUAUCGUCGAGCAGUACUGCAAGCUCAAGCUUUCGCGGCCCCAGGAAGAUCGGAUUAUAGCUCUUGGCGGGGUAGCCACAGAGUUUCAAAAGGCUUUGCACAUAAAGGAUGACUGCGUCGCUGGACUUUGGAGGCGUGACCUCCACCAAGGCCUACUUUGGGAGAAAUCAUACCCUGGAACUCCCCGCCGAUUCGAUAAUUUCCCCACAUGGACUUGGGCGUCUAUUGAUACGCCUGCAUCUGCUGCUGCAGAGGCAGACGCCACAACAAUUCAACUGCCAAACUCGAUAGAGAGCACAUCGUCUGACAGAAGACACGUGGAAGGAAAUUUUGUCUUGCAUGCCUUGGGACGGCUGCAACCCGUUUUAAUCGGAAGCUACUUUCAGGAUGAGGCCAGCUUUUACUUGGCUACAGAUGUGACCGGCCAUCCCGCGAGGAGCAUAGGCGCCGAGAAGCAGCAAGCGGUGGUGGUGCCGGGGGAGCGGAAUAUUAUUGCUGGCUGGGCCUCGUUGGAGCAUCCGGAGUUCCAGGACGACGCCGCUUUCAGCCCCGGUCCCGUAAUUCUCGCGCUGCUUGUUUCAACUAAGCGUGUCAGUGCUGGAGCAUUCGGUUUGGGGUUUGUGCUGCCAAUCCACCAAGCAUUUCUGGUGCUGUUCUUGCGACGGAGCGACAAGGUAAUGGAUGGAUUUGAGAGGGUCGGGGUUGGUAGACUUUUCGGGCGGGAGGCUGCAAGGGGGUUCGAACUGGCCAUAGAGAGGGAUAUUAGGUUGAUUUAG